CCUCCAGGCCGCCCCUAAGUCUGCCUCCGCCCCUGCCGAGGGCCACCGAGGACCAUGACUAAGACGGAUCCCGCUCCAAUGGCCCCACCACCCCGAGGGGAGGAGGAGGAAGAAGAGGAAGAGGAUGAGCCAGUCCAGGAGGUCCCCAGCCCCACCCAGGAGCGCCGGCAGAAGCCUGUGGUGCACCCCUCGGCACCCGCCCCCCUCCCCAAAGAUUACGCCUUCACAUUCUUCGACCCCAAUGACCCUGCGUGCCAGGAGAUUCUGUUUGACCCCCAGACCACUAUCCCGGAGCUGUUCGCGAUCGUGCGCCAGUGGGUACCCCAGGUCCAGCACAAGAUAGACGUCAUUGGCAAUGAGAUUCUACGUCGUGGCUGCCAUGUAAACGAUCGUGAUGGACUCACCGACAUGACACUGCUCCAUUAUGCUUGCAAGGCUGGAGCUCACGGAGUCGGGGAUCCCGCUGCUGCUGUGCGUCUCUCGCAGCAGCUGCUGGCCCUGGGCGCCGACGUGACGCUGCGCAGCCGCUGGACCAACAUGAACGCGCUUCACUACGCCGCCUAUUUUGACGUGCCGGACCUGGUGCGCGUGCUACUUAAAGGUGCAAGGCCUCGAGUGGUGAACUCCACGUGCAGUGACUUCAACCAUGGCUCCGCCCUGCACAUCGCUGCCUCCAACCUGUGCCUGGGCGCUGCCAAGUGUCUGCUGGAGCAUGGCGCCAACCCAGCACUGAGGAAUCGAAAGGGACAAGUGCCAGCGGAAGUGGUCCCGGAUCCUAUGGACAUGUCUCUGGACAAGGCAGAAGCCGCACUGGUGGCCAAGGAGCUCCGGACGCUGCUGGAGGAGGCUGUGCCACUCUCUUGCGCCCUCCCCAAGGUCACACUCCCCAACUAUGACAACGUUCCAGGCAAUCUCAUGCUCAGUGCCCUCGGCCUGCGCCUGGGAGACCGUGUGCUGCUGGAUGGCCAGAAGACGGGCACGUUGCGCUUCUGUGGCACCACAGAGUUCGCCAGUGGCCAGUGGGUGGGCGUGGAGCUGGACGAACCUGAGGGCAAAAAUGACGGCAGCGUUGGGGGUGUCCGGUACUUCAUCUGCCCUCCCAAGCAGGGCCUCUUCGCCUCUGUGUCCAAGAUCUCCAAAGCCGUGGAUGCACCCCCUUCAUCUGUCACCUCCACACCCCGGACUCCUCGGAUGGACUUUUCUCGUGUCACUGGCAAAGGUCGCAAGGAGCACAAAGGCAAGAAGAAGUCUCCAUCAUCCCCGUCACUGGGUAGCUUGCAGCAGCGUGAGGGAGCCAAGGCUGAGGUGGGAGACCAAGUCCUUGUUGCAGGCCAGAAGCAGGGGAUUGUGCGCUUCUAUGGGAAAACAGACUUUGCUCCAGGUUACUGGUAUGGCAUUGAGCUGGACCAGCCCACUGGCAAGCAUGAUGGCUCUGUCUUUGGUGUCCGAUACUUUACCUGCCCCCCGAAGCAUGGGGUCUUUGCACCAGCAUCCCGCAUCCAGAGGAUUGGUGGUGGAUCUACUGACACCCCCAGGGACAGUGUUGGAGCCAAAAAAGUGCAUCAAGUGACAAUGACGCAGCCCAAACGCACCUUCACGACAGUCCGGACCCCAAAGGACAUUGCAUCAGAGAAUUCCAUCUCCAGGUUGCUCUUCUGCUGCUGGUUUCCCUGGGUGCUGAGGGCGGAGAUGCAAUCCUAGAGGCCCCAGACACUCUGACAGAGUGCCCCCCUUUAGCAUCUCCUGACACAGGAACCCCCAAAGUUCCCUGAGAUAGACUCCCCAGUAAUACAUCCUGAAUAGAAAUCCCCAUUAGCCAGCCCUCAAUCACUGAGGUCCCAUGAUUAACAGACUCCCCUGUAAAGCCCCCAGUACAGACCCCAAGCCACCCAGAUGGAGAUUCCCUGAGUAGCACCUUCAGGCUAGUCCCUCCCUGUACCCCUCCCUUGGCGCAGACCCUCCCUUCCCCCAAGGAACAGAUUUCCACAUCCCAAAUGAUGGCGACCCUCUCCAUACAAUGCUCCACAAUCCUUGAAUCACCCAUGACUGGAUCGGAACUGCUCAUUAACAAAGAUCCCCCUGCCCAAGUUCCCUGGAACUAAACAUAGCUUACACCUCCAGAG